UUGGGCACAUCUGUUAUUCCAACAGUAAUCAUUUUUGUAAUGAAUCUGUUCUGGGAGAAGGAUCUUCAUAAAUGGAACUGGAUGCCAUUAGUUGGUUAUUCUGAAUGCGCGGUCAAAGUUUUGGGCCCCUCCUCCUGGAUAUACUUAGAAGGACCAGUUCUGAUCCUUACCACCUUCAAUGUGAUCAUGUUUAUCCUGACGUUCUUACACAUUUGGAAAACAAAGAGCGAACUAAAAACUUUUAAACGAGAUAGGGAAAGGACUACAAGCUGCUUCAAUAUUGACACUGAGACCUACCUAAUGUUUAUGCGGAUUUCCGUCAUCAUGGGAGUGAUUUGGAUCUUGGAAUUAGUUACGUUUUUCGACAUUGGGAAGCGUUACUUGGGGCCGCUAGACGACUUUCUCUCUUAUUUCGAACGCAGUUAUGGAAUUAUAGUUUUUGUGAUGCUUAUCCUUAAGCGCAGUACCCUACAGCUGCUUAAGGAGAGAAUUAAAGGAAAACGUUAAAAUCACAGCACCGAUCA